UUUGAGAUGACAUUAUACUUGCACAGUGGAGGGUAGCCUGGCAUGCACUAAGCUCACAAAGCAGCUUUCACUUUUGGGCACACUUCCAGUUCUCCACCAUCAGAUAAUUACUUGCAUUCUAAUUUCAUUUCCGAAGGUUAGAAUUCACUUUGCCAUACGAGGAAAUAUUCCAAUUUGCUGCUGCCUCAGACAGUCAGACCCACUAUCUUCUCUUCCUUUUCCUCGGAAUAGGUUUCAACACCAUGUUAUAAUCUUUUUUACUCUUCUUAAGAAAUCCAAUUAAUAUAUUUGUUUUUUUUUAAAUUUUACUUUAAUGUAUUGAAAAGGGCAAUGGAUAAGUAAGUUUGCACUACAAGGAAUCAUCUUGGAACCAUCAUUUCAUUUCUCAUUUCUCUCUGCCACAGAAAAAGACCAAGUUGUCUACUUACUAGAAUUUUUUGUUUUUUUUUAAUGUUGGCACUAACUAAAUCCUCUCUUUGUAGUUAUGCUCAUGUAUAAAUGUUUGGCCUUUGAAAUCCAGAUUUAACAUGAAGAAAGAGGAGGUGGAUUACGUUUUGGUUCCUUUUGGCCUUGCAGUGAUGCUGUGUUACCAUCUCUGGCUCCUCUACAGGAUCCUCCGCCGCCCCACCACCACCGUCAUCGGCAUCAACGCCGUCAACCGCCGCAUCUGGACUCGAACCAUGAUGGAGGAUUCGACGAAGAAUGGAGUGUUGGCGGUGCAAACGUUGAGGAACAACAUCAUGGCGUCGACGUUGCUAGCGUCGAUGGCCAUCACGCUCAGCUCGCUGAUUGCGGUGCUGAUGACGACCAUGGCCGGCAGCGGGGGGCGUCAAGAAAUAAAAAUAGUACUGGGGGACACGAGCGAGGUGGGUCGGUCGGUGAAGUUCUUUGCGAUCCUGGUGUGCUUCCUGCUGGCAUUUCUACUCAAUCUGCAGUCAAUCAGGUACUAUAGCCAUGCCAGCAUGCUGAUCAACGUGCCAGCAGAGCGGCAGCGGCCAGAGGGGGCGGAGCUGGCGGUGGAGUAUGUGGCUGCGACGGUGAACAAGGGAGGAUACUUCUGGUCGCUCGGCCUCAGGGCCUUCUACUUCUCCUUCCCACUCUACUUGUGGGUCUUCGGCCCCAUUCCUAUGCUCUGCUGCUGCUUCCUUCUCGUCUCCAUGCUCUACUUCUUGGACGUCUACUCCUGCCAGAUCCACCAACAACAGCAGAUCAUAAAAGAAAUGGAGAGGAAUUAGUUAGUAAACAACAAUCUAAUCUAAUGGAGGAACACUUUAAUUGUAUUAUCAAAGCAUAUUAUUUUUUUUAAAAAAAAUAUUAUUUAUUUAUAGUAA